UGAUGCGUGUGCAGCGUUUGUUGUUAAAUUAUUUAUUGAAAUUAUAGUGAAUUAACACGCUGCGGUUGUUAAAAUGAAAUUUGCCGAACACUUGGGCGCGCAUAUAACACCGGAAUGGCGAAAACAGUACAUAAACUACGAGGAAAUGAAGGCAAUGCUAUAUGCGGCCGUAGAGCAAGCGCCGUCCGCUGAGCUCGCCGAUCCAGAGGUGCUCUCACGUUACUUUGCCAAAUUUGACGAACAAUUCUUCCAUUACUGUGACAAAGAGUUGGCAAAAAUCAACACAUUUUACUCUGAAAAGAUGGCUGAGGCUACGCGAAAAUAUGGCAAUCUCCGCAGUGAACUUAGCGAAACGCUAGAGAUGGGCGCGGUCAAGAAACAGCCCGCUUGGAAGUCGAAAACACCCUUAGGCAAGAAGAAUGUACCAGCGCGUAAAAUACAGGAUCUCAAAUUAGCAUUUAGUGAAUUUUAUUUGGGUCUCAUUCUACUACAAAACUACCAGAACUUGAACUUCACCGGCUUUCGCAAGAUACUCAAGAAACACGAUAAGCUCUUGAAUGUUUGCGAUGGCGUUAAAUGGCGUGAGGAGUAUGUGGAGGCGGCACAUUUCUAUGUCAACAAAGAUAUAGAUCGUUUGAUACAGGAAACCGAGCGCGCUUUCACCAACGAUAUUGAGGGCGGCGAUCGGCAGAAGGCCAUGAAGCGUUUGCGUGUACCGCCUUUGGGCGAACAACAAAGCCCGUGGACAACUUUCAAAGUUGGUCUUUUCUCGGGUGCUUUUGUCGUACUCUUCCUUACAGUCAUCUUGUCGGCAAUAUUUCAUGGCUUUGGCGACGAUUGGCGUGUAGGUCUGCGCAUGUUUCGGGGUCCCUUUCUCAUUAUCGAGUUUAUUUUCUUGUGGGGUGUCAAUGUGUACGGCUGGCGUUCGUCUGGCGUUAAUCACGUGCUCAUAUUUGAACUGGAUCCACGAAAUCACUUAUCCGAGCAGAAUAUCAUGGAAGUGGCCUCGGUAUUUGGCGUAAUUUGGGCUAUAUGUGUGCUCUGCUAUAUUUAUUGUGAAUCUUUGGGCAUACCACAAUAUUCGGCGCCCAUUUUUCUUUACACCUUGAUGCUUGCAUUUUUGCUCAAUCCAACGAAGACAUUUCAUCACGAGGCGCGGUACUGGGCCGUGCGCGUAUUGAGCCGCGUUAUAAUGGCACCAUUCUUUUUUGUGACUUUUGCUGACUUUUGGCUUGCUGACCAGCUGAACAGCAUUGUGCCUGCCUUCCUCGAUAUACCCUUCAUUAUAUGCUUUUUCGGUGAGAAUCCCAAUUGGCAGAAAACGAGUUAUGGUGGCAGCAGUUGUGUGCGGGAUAUCUCUAUGGUGCGGCCAAUUGUUGCUAUCUUGCCGGCUUAUUGGCGUUUCGCUCAGUGUAUUCGUCGCUAUCGUGACACUCGCGAAGCUUUUCCACAUCUGGUUAACGCUGCUAAGUACGCAACAUCCUUUUUUGUGGUGAUAUUCUCAUACAAAUUUCAGAUAACCUCAGACGGCUACUUCACAUCCAAGGAUAAUCCGUGGUUUUAUUGCUGGAUAGUCGCGGCCAUUGUGUCCUCAUGUUAUGCAUACACGUGGGACAUUAAAAUGGAUUGGGGCCUCUUUGAUGCCAAGGCUGGUGAUAAUCGCUUUUUGCGUGAAGAAAUUGUCUACUCGUCGACGUGGUUCUAUUACUUUGGCAUUGUGGAGGAUUUAGUGCUGCGUUUCGGUUGGACCGUAUCAAUGAGCUUAAUUGAGGCGGGUUAUAUGGAGGGUGACGUAAUGAUGACCAUACUCAGCCCGUUGGAGGUGUUCCGUCGUUUUAUUUGGAACUAUUUUCGCUUGGAAAACGAACACUUGAAUAAUUGCGGUAAAUUUCGUGCAGUACGUGAUAUUUCGGUGGCGCCCAUGGAUUGCUCGGAUCAGACGACAAUCUUACGCAUGAUGGACGAGGAGGACGGCGUAGUCAACCGACGAGGCAAGACUAAAGGCCUAUCAAAGAAGAAGGAGCAGCAACGCUUGUUGCUUUUACAAGGCGAAUCUGUCGAAGAUUUAUGCUCUUAAAUGGUCAAAGGUUUUGCAUUUUGUUUUAAAUUUUAUUUAUGUAUGUAAUUGCCAUAUCAUUGCAGAAGCAUAAACGUUUUGUUAAAGUGUAUGGCAUAUACAUAUAUAUUUAUUAAGUAUAGAAAAUAACAAGAAACUCAAUAAUUGGUUAGCAAAGUUGUAAUAUAAGAAAUAUCAUUAAUUUCAAUUAAUGCUGAAACAAAAUAUUCAUACACAUAUAGUAUGUCUAUGUAAUGUGAAGCGAAAAUGAAAGAAACAAAGUGAAUUUCAUGUACACAUAUUUUAUUUAAGUUUAUGUACUUAUGUAAAUUUCUUAUAUGCCAAAACCAAACAUUCACCUAUAAUUAAAAUUUAAAUACUGUUCAUUUAACAGUGUAACAAAAGAAAAAAAAAAACAAAGUCGCACAGGAAAUACAUAUCCUCAUAAGUGCUUAUUAUUAUUUUAAAAUUAUUUUAAUAUUUUAAUAAAGGAAGUCAUAGCAAUUAAUACAAUAAAAGUUAUAAUACUCAUGCCCAACUUUUAAGACAAUUUAUGGUGUAUAUACAUAUGUAUAUGUGUGCAUUCAUACACAUAUAGGGUAUACAUUAGUCUGUGACUGUCUAAAUUUGUGUCCUCAUAGGCACGUAUAUCGAAAGGUGCGCACAAAUUUAGCUUUUAUAUUUUGUAUUUAUACAUUUUUCUAUAAUUUGCAUUUGUUUGUACUAGC